AUGAAAACAAUUUCCCUACUUAUUUUCAUAAUAGCAUUGGGUUAUUCACAAACUGAUUAAUUAAGAGAUAUAUUGGAUUAUAGCAAAUUUGAUUGUGACAGCUUAAAUGAUUUGUUUGAGAUCAAAAAUUAACUCUUAUAUUGGAAUGAAUUAAAGGACACUGAUCUUAUCCAAUAAAUUUCAGAUAUAUUAGAAGUGAAAGAGUCAUUAUUAAACUAUAAAGAACUACUCCUCAGUAAAUCAACUUUGAAAAAAUCUGCCCCAAAAGUACUUUUAGAGAAAGUUAGCGAUGAAAUUAAAGAUAUUGUGUAAGAGUUAUAAAAUGAUAAAAAGGAGUUGACAUUAUAGUAUUGUGAUAACACAAUUAGAAGGAUAAAUAAAAUUUUAGAUUAACGAGAUAGUGAAAAAAAUUAAUUGUUUAAAGUAGAAAAAUAAGAAUUAAGCGAGAAACUCAAAUUAGUAACAGAGAAAGUUGAUACUUGUAAUCGAUCUCUGAAACCAGCCUAUCACAAUAAAAUUAUCCUUCAAUAGGUGAUUUAGAGCAAAACCAAUGAAGUUGGUUAUGGUUAUUGGUUUAGAUUACUUAAUUUCUAUCCUGAAGACUAUCAGACUGAAACUUAUUUUAUAUCUCGUGUUUCUGAAAAUGAAAACUAUUCAGGAAACGACUUAGGAGAUAAUAAACUUGUGGUGUCUAUACAAAAAAACAAUUUAGUAUUCUCAACCUAUGAUAUUAAAACAAUGAAUUCGAUAGUUGAAUAAAAACUAUUUUUUGAAAAAAAUUAAUGGAUUUAUAUUCACUUUUCUUAUUAGGAUGGAUUGGCAACAGGAUAUGUCUAUUUAGAUUAAGAUGACAUUAGCAAAAUAGAAUUUCAUGUGGAGCAUUUUAAAUUAAAUUAAGCAUACUUUAAGUUUGGAGGGAAUGAUUUAUAAAUUUAAGGAUUAAAUGGACAAUUCGCUUAACUGACUUAUGGAGUUGGGAAAUAAUACAUCACCGAUAAACCAUAAUUAUUCAUUGAGGAAGUAUCAAAAUUAUCACCCUAGCCUUAAUUCAACAAGUAAUAAAUUGGGUUAAUUGCAGAGGAAAUGCAGUUCCCAAUGAAAUUUAAAAAGGAAUAUCAUUCUGAUUUCAUUGAUGAAUUUGCAAUUAGCGCAUGGUUUAAGAUAGAAUAUUUAGAUGCUGAGAAUAUCGAGAUCUUUAGGCUAAAAGAUGAUAAAAAGAAUUAUGCGUUGAGCUUUUAUGGUGGUAAUUCUUUAAGUUUUGGAACUUACAGCAAAGAUUAAGAACUCAGAAAAGCUGAAUUAUUUGAAUAGACAGACGAUUGGCACUACAUCUAUAUGAGUUAUUCAUAUUUGAGAGAAGAAUUUAAUUGCUUUGUUUGGAUUAAUGGGCAUAUCAUUAAAUUACAAGAACAUAAUGUCAAGCAUUAUCCAACUACUGAUCUAACUCUGUCAAUUGAGAAUGAGUUUGAUGGACAAAUUAAUAAACUGAACUUGUAUGUUGGUAAAGGUAGUCAUAUCAAUGAUCCUCACAAUCUUCCAAGUGAGUAUUAAGUGGGCUUGGAUUUGGUUGAAAAUGUAAUUUUAUAUUAAUUUAUUAAAGAGCAUAGUGAGAUCCUUCAAGGUGACUAAAGAAAUUAACAGUAAAAACCUGUUGAAUUAUAAUUCUAAUAUCAGAGGAGGUGAGGAAAAGAAGAAUUAAAAUUCCAACAAGAAAGAAAAAUGAAAAAUAAUAAU